UCUCUGUCACUCCAAUGUUAUGACAGACUCGGCUGUGAACAUUUUAUUUAAACAAUUAUUUGCCUUCGGACUGGUAGCAUGUGCGGUUUUGCCUUUGAUAAUUAGCGAUUUCCAUCUUAUACUAACAUUUUGAAAUGAGAAUAUUUAUUGUUUCCGUACUGUGCUAUGAAGUAAUUCAGUUUAAUUGAAGGCCCCCCAUUGCCAAUAUAGGAAGUACUUUUUUGUAAUUAAAAGUGAAAGGUGAACUUUAAGCAAACUUAACAUUCUUGUUACACUCGCAACCCAAUUGCUGGUGCUCUGUGAACUAAUACGGAACCGAAUCUAUAAUAUAAACCAGGAACACAAUGGCUCAUCAUCAUAUGCCUGAAGGACAUGAUAUGAUGGAUCACCAGACUCAUCAAAUGCCAACAGAUCAUAGCAUGCAUAAUGAUCUGGGGCGAAGUGGUCACACUGGACAUGGUAUGGCUCAUACUGGAGGCCACAGUAUGGACAUGAAUAUGUGGUUUCAAUUUUCAUCAAGUGCCACUGUUCUCUUUGAGCAAUGGAGUUUUACUACGGUAGGCGGAUUGAUUGGAUCUAUGAUUGGUAUUUUUAUCAUGGCAGCUCUGUAUGAAGGGUUGAAAUAUUACAGGGAGUACUUGUUUUGGAAAACGUACAAUGCAUUGCAAUACAGGGCAGUAUCCUUGCCUGAUAAAGCUGCUGUACCAGACGAACCCCAAGUAGUACAUGUCGUUGGGGAGGUGGUUCAUAAAAAACCGCCAACAAUGUUGAGUAAAAUCCACUUUUACCAGACAUUCCUGCAUAUGGUUCAGAUGAUUCUCAGUUACUUUCUUAUGCUGAUAUUCAUGACGUACAACGUGUGGCUAUGCAUAGCAGUGGUUUUGGGCGCGGGAGUAGGAUAUUUCCUGUUUGGAUGGAAAAAAUCAGUUAUUGUUGACGUCACGGAACAUUGCCACUGACACAGGGUAGUUUUGACUAAGUAAAAAUCUAAUUAGGUGUGACGUAGUAAGAUACUAAAAUGACUCAAAUAUGCCACUGAUUAAGGCACGUAUGGACUAUAAAUCAUGUUGAUAAAACCGUAAUAUGUAGUCGAGCUUCAUUGACUGAAGAAAUAUUUUUAGAACAUUCAUUCCAGCCAUCGUUUGUUAAUGCGUAUGCAUUAAGUAUCUAAAACUACUCUACCAAAUGAUCUUCCAAAGACUAGUUUCAUAUGAAACUUAUUAAAGGAUAUCUAAGUCACUUGACCAAUUGAUUAUUUUAUUGCAAUACUUCGAUAAAAUAAAUGACAUUAAUAAUACAAAAAUGAAGAGCUGUAUUUUCGAAUAUCAAUUUUAAAUGUAGAAUGGACUAUAAUUGGUUUUUAUUAUCUAGUGGAAAACUAAUGACAUUUGAAGAAAAACACUUGUGGUAUAGAAAUAUAAAUUGCUGCAAACCCAAUUGGCUUCUGAGAAUGUUAUUCAUUCUGUAACUGACAUCAAACCACUUGUUAUAUAGUACACCUCAAACAAUUCGGUACUUGUUUUGUGUGAUAACUAUUAAUAUUAAUUGUUGUACUAUGGAAAGAGUCACUAUAAGGUAAUUGCAAAACAAUAAACAUGCAGCCUUUUUAAUUAAAAUCGCCCAUUUUUCCACAUGCAUCCUAAUGAUUGGUAAUUUAACUGCGAAUGUGAUUGUUUCUAGCAUAAGGUAAUAUUAUUUUCAAACAUUUUAUAAAUCAUUUAAAAUUAUCAUUUGAUUAGAACUAAGAGCAAACAAACUAUCAUUUUUUUAAUGACAGAAAAAUUCUCGAAUCAACAUAAUAUUUGUCAAAUAACUUCUAAAUUAUGCAAUAUUGUUUAUACAAAUUGUAUGAAAACAUUAUUAGGAGCAUAGAAAUGGUUGUUUUGGAUGCUUUUUUGACUUCUUAAAAGGGGAUAAGUUGCUUUGGUGUAUUUUCAGCCAGAACAUACAAGGCAUUUUUUACUAUUAUCUCCUUCUAAGAACAAAAUAAAAAUGACUUAAAUUAGCAACUUUCAAUUUUAUUUAUAUGCAUUGUUUACGGUUUAAAGUAAAUAAUAAAGAUGUUUAUUGUU